AUGGCCGACAACUCUCAGAACCUGAUCCUGUUCUGUCUUGUUGAAGGACUGCCCUCGUCCAGGGCAUUCGAGAUCGAGGUCUCUGAGAGACGUACCGUUGCUCACCUCAAAGACGCAAUCAAGCUCAAGAAACCCAACGAAUUCCGCGAUGUUGAUGCAAACGAGCUCACCCUCUACCGUGUCUCCAUUCAUGACGACGGUACCUUUCACGACAAGACGGAGCUGAACAACCCUAGAAAACGCCUCCUCGAGUUGUUUACCAAGAGUCCCGACGACAACACCUACAUAAUCGUCCAGCAACCCCUGCCAGCUCCCGGCUCCAUUCCUCUCUCGGAUCCUGGUAGUCCGCUGUCUGGAUCGCAGGGAAGUUUUUCGCUUCUGGAUCACCUGCCGCCACCUUUCUUGAGCGAUUUGUGCAAGGUCAUGAACAGCUUCCGCUUACUACUGGAAUCGUGCCUGGUUUGCCAAGACCCAGGGAACGUACCGAUCUUUGGGGUCUCAGGAUGUGGAAAAACCCGCAGCAUGAUGGAGCUGCUAUGUCGGCAAUGGGGAUUCUACUUCAAUGCUUCUGGGGAGGAUCUGGGGUCGGACGACAUGACCACUCUUCUGGCGCAGGUUGGAUCUCGUCUGGAAAAGGACCGCAAUGCGAACAACCGUUAUGCAAGGACGAUGACAUACCUGCUAUUCCUCUCUCGGCUUUUGAUCCUCCAGUUCUGCUUGAAAGUCCAGAACAGCAGCCGGUCUUUCACGAGCGCGAGAUGGACCCUUCUGCAGACUUGCCCUCACAUGUUCACAGACAUCUUCGAGCAUCUAUUCCAGAAAUUUCUCCCACUGCACCAGAGAUCCACCACUGAAGAAAGAGUCCUGAUGGAUAUUGUCCGAAAGGAGUUUCAGGUUACGCGGACCUGUCUUAUUGAGCAUGGAGGUGCACCCCAAUUUCUGGAUGGUACCAAACUCCUUGUCGCUCACGAUGAGGCGCAAAUUCUCGGAGAGGAAUCCUUUGGACGUUUUGAGUCGAUGAAUGGUGCCAAGGCGGACCGUCCACUUCUGUCCCCAAUCCUGCAUGGUUUUCGCAACAUCGAGGGCGCUAACGAACUUACGCUUUUGACAUCCGGCACAGGACUCAGCAUCUAUACUCUCACUUGGGCGCGGAGCGCGGGAUCCAUCCUAAAGCAUGAGCCGGAUGAUUUCGCCUACAUGGAGUUCCCCGGAUGGACCAAUCGGCAAUCAGUUGAAACCUACAUUGCUGGCCUGAGGAGCCUUUUGCAGGACGAGGAUGCGAAGCAAGCAUUGGACAUGCUCCUGCCAUCAGAGGCCAUCGACAUGAUGAUGGAAAGGCUUGUCGGUCGUUUUCGUCCAAUUGUGACCGUGAUUGAGAGCAAACACCACAAGAACCUGCAGGUUAUCAAAAGGCUUCCUACCGUUGAGAGAGUUUUAGGGCUACUCCUUUUUCAGCGGUAUAUGUUUGGGGCCGACAAGCUAGUCCUAAAGAACGCAGUACCAGAAUUGGUUGAGCGUGCUUUCGGCCGUAUCAAGAUCGUCGACGGAGAUGCGAGGACGGUCCUCGAUGAACCAUUCGCGCUUAAGGCUGCCGAAAACUAUUUCAGGAUGCUGGAUUCCAACUUCAUGGAGACCACGGAUUUCUGGAUGCAAGAAAUGAACAGCGCCUCAGCUCAAGGGUUCGCAUGGGAGCUCAUGAUGAUGAACGUUUUAACCGAGACUUUCAAGGCAAGCGCACUUUCCGACUGGUCGCAUGAACCCAAGAUAUCCUCUCUGUGUGCUACGCUGGAGGGGAAUGCGGAGAUUGUCGGUCUGGACGAUCAGGGGUUUCAAAGAGGAAUCACACAUGAGCACAUCUCGAUGGAGGAAUUCAUGGAGGCACAUGUCAACAACAACUCAAUGCGAAGCGACCAAACCGUUCCUCCCUUCUUCUUCCCCAAAGCCAAGCCCUCUGGACCUGACAUUGUCUUUUACAUUCGGGUCCAAGCUGCGAUUAUCCCCGUCUUUGUGCAGCUAAAACUCCGCCAAGUGCUUACGAAAGCAGAUUCGAACCGUGCUGUGGAGUCCGUCUCAAAACAAAAAGUCAAGAAGCACGUGAAGGACCUCGAUGAGUACUGUCCCGCCAAUGUCUACGUCAGCAUGAUUAUUGCGUACCCUGCCAAUGUGAUAGAUUCAAUGCGUCCACGGCCUGAUAUCGACUUCGAAGCCAUCGCUGCCAGACGUGCUUCCCUACGUCCAAGAUCAACGAAGAACUUCCACGACAACGAUCUGCAGCAGGUGACGAUCAGGAUUGACCAACGCAACUUUGCCAAGAUUUUUCCAAAGAGCCAUGUCGACUUCUUGGAUGGGAUUAAAACUCCGGUGAAGCGACCCGCCGUCGACAAGCAGGAACAGGACGAUCCCAAGAAAACAAAAUAG